CUUCGCAUCUUGUUCGUUCAUUUUUACAGGCACCAGCGUCCGAGGUGGACGCACCUCUCCCGAAGAUCUCGAACAUUCAUCCUCGAUUUAGAUUUUCGUUUUAACGUAUUGUUUAAAUUUUGCUUUUAUCUAUUUUUGACCGCGAUGUAAAUUCUUUUUUAUAUUAAAUUUCAAUUUUUUAAGAGGAUAACUGGCUGUACUUCGGAAUUGGAUGGAAGGAAUCUACCAGAGGAAAGAGUGAAUUUCCUUCUUCAAAUGAUUGGCCUAACUGUUCCGUAUAGUACAGAUAUGUCUUAGAUUCUAAAGAUUGCAAAACGUUUAAAAAGUUUCAAAAGUCAAGUAUAGUUAAGUAGUUUUUCUCUUAAAAAGUUGACAAAAAAUCUGCCACAAUGAGUACGAUUCUAGAAAAGAUAGCGGCCAUCGAGGCUGAGAUGUCCAGGACACAAAAGAAUAAACAAACCUCUGGCCAUUUAGGUUUAUUAAAAGCAAAACUUGCAAAGUUAAGGCGAGAAUUGAUCACUCCCAAAGGAGGAGGUAGCAGCGGUGAACAAGGGUUUGAAGUUGCUAAGACUGGUGAUGCUAGAAUUGGAUUUGUGGGUUUUCCAUCCGUAGGAAAAUCCACGCUGCUCAGUACACUUGCUGGGGUAUAUUCAGAAGUUGCUGCCUAUGAGUUCACCACUCUUACAACAGUUCCUGGCUGUAUUAAGUAUAAAGGAGCAAAGAUUCAGCUAUUGGAUCUUCCAGGUAUUAUCGAAGGAGCAAAGGAUGGUAAAGGUCGUGGACGGCAAGUAAUAGCAGUGGCUAGAACUUGUAGUUUAAUUUUCAUCGUUCUAGAUGUAUUGAAACCCCUUGGACACAAGAGGUUGAUAGAGCAUGAAUUGGAAGGAUUUGGCUUAAGGCUGAACAAACAGCCACCAAAUAUUAAUUUUAGAAAAAAAGAUAAGGGAGGAAUAAAUUUGCAAACUACAUGUACUCAGUCUGAACUUGAUCUAGACACCGUGAGAACUAUUUUAUCUGAAUACAAAAUACACAAUGCCGAUAUUACGCUUCGAUAUGAUGCUACAUCAGAUGAUCUCAUCGAUGUUAUAGAGGGAAAUCGAAUAUACAUCCCUUGCAUUUAUCUGUUAAACAAGAUUGAUCAGAUUAGUAUUGAAGAACUUGAUGUUAUUUAUAAAAUACCUCACUGCGUACCAAUAUCUGCACAUCAUAAGUGGAACUUUGAUGAUUUAUUGGAAAAAAUGUGGGAAUACUUGCAACUCAUUAGGAUUUAUACUAAACCUAAGGGUCAACUUCCCGAUUAUAAUUCGCCAGUUGUUUUGAACACAGAAAAGAGAAGCGUUGAAGAUUUCUGUAACAAACUGCAUCGGACCAUUGCAAAAGAAUUCAAGUAUGCUCUAGUAUGGGGUUCGUCUGUGAAGCAUAUGCCACAGAAAGUGGGAAAAGAUCAUAUUUUGAAUGAUGAAGACGUUGUGCAAAUUGUAAAGAAAGUGUAAACAUUGAUUACCAAACAGAAUUGACUGAGACUAAUAAACACUUGUGAAGUGGUGAAUCUUGUGAAUAUAAAUAAGAAAGCUUUAUUUAAAAUAAAAUAAUUUUUGGCUUUGUUUUAUUUAUCAUUACUCUAGUAUGUAUAAAAUGAUAAGGUAGUUGUAAAUUUUUUAUACAAACAACUGCAGAUUGCAGUAUUCUUUAAUAUUAUUUGUGUAUACUUGUAAUUAGAACUAAAAUUUAUACACAUGUGCUUUAACUACAUGAUUUGUCUAAAUGAUGGAUCUACGUAGGGUUUUAGUUCUCAUGAGUACUCAUGGAGUUAGGAGAUUUCAUAUUAUGUGGGAUAAAAGUGUCUUGUAAUUGUAAAAAAGGUUGUUAUGCAAACAUUAUUUGUCUCACAAAUCCCUGAAUUAUGUACAUAAUAAUAAAAACGAUUUAAAAUGCA